GUGGGACUCGAGGGCAUUGCCUAGCGCCCAAGCCAUGGUGGCCAAACAGCGGAUCCGGAUGGCCAACGAGAAGCACAGCAAAAACAUCACCCAGAGGGGGAACGUAGCCAAAACCCUGAGGCCGCAAGAAGAGAAAUACCCUGUGGGACCAUGGCUGUUGGCACUGUUUGUUUUUGUUGUCUGUGGCUCAGGUCGACCCAAAACACUGGCCUUUCCUGGAGACCGCCAGAACUGUCUCGAAAUUGUGACACCCAAAGUGGCUGUCACUCCCCCUGAGACUGACAAGCAGGAUGUUUGAGGAGCUGGGCAGCCUUGGAGAAGGUCUUCUAUUUCACCACAAAGGGAAGACUGAGGACAUGCCUCUGCCGAGAAACUCCUGCCUCGAGACCUGACAUGGACACUCUGGAAAAGAUGUCUCCUCAGCCACUGGCUCCCUCAAGUCCACAGGUGCUGGUAAUCAGUUGGAGGUGCCGAGGAUGACUCUUGCGUUUUGAGUUUAUUUGCAAGAUGGAGGGUAACGAGGCCAAGUUCGGCAGCGGGAAGGGAUCCUGAGAAGGUCCUGUUGAGUUUGAAGCGUCUUUGAGCCACCUACGUGUAGAUAUCAAUUCAAUGAUGGAAGGUGUGGGUCUGGAGCUCUGGGAAGUCAGGGCUGGCAAUACACAUAGCUAUCUUUCAGAUCAUUCAGAGCAUAAGGAUGGGCAUGUGAGAAGGCCUGGGGAUUUGACCCUGCCCCCCCCCCUCUGGAGGGCGGAGGACCACUUAAGCUUUUAGCCAGGGAUCUGUGGGAAGCAAACAGCCACACCGAGUAGAAAAAAAAGGCUCCCUCCAUUGUUCCCUGAUCACUUCAUCGUGGAUGUCAGACCACAUUGCCUUCUCACAGGACAUCUUGGUACAUCCGUGUUCUCGAGCGGAAAGGACAUUUUGCUUUUCUGUUGGUGGGAUUGGUAGCUCCCAGAUGUCUGCGGCAGCACCCUGUCUGGUUUUGCCCCUGGUCUCACAAAUGUAUGUAUGUGGCCCUCCGAAGGAUCACCAGGUUACUUUCUAUGGAUACAGCCUCUCCUCCGUUGGGGAUUGGUUUUACGAAUAAAUGUCUUUGUUCAACCUUA